AAUAACAACUUGCUUCAGAUAUCAUCAGCCCUCCCUCGCACCCAAACCCUAGAAGUUGCAGAACCAAACACAUACACAGUGAGAGAGAUAGAGAGAUCGAGCGAUUGGGAUGCUGUUAAUCUUCUACAUUGCACUCUCGUAGAUAAGGAGCCAAUUAGGGAUUGCAGAGAGAGGGGAAUUGGAAUUGGAAUCGCGAAUUUGGCAUUACAAUGCCCAAAGUCCAGAUCGAGAUGGGUUGUGACCCAAUUGACAGUGAAUUGGAUGAUGUCGACUAUGUCUCUGGGCUUAGUACUUUACUUGUUGCCACCAUUCAGGAAGCCAAAGACAGGAUUUCUCAGAUUGAAUAUGUGUUCUGCAGCCAGCUCUACCCCUAUUUCCAAUCCAAGUCUAAAAGCUUUCAGAAAUUUGAAGAUGAAUGGAAAGACAAGGAAAACGAUCUCUUUCGUCAAAUUGAAACACUUCGAGCUGAAAAGCAACAAACCCUUGAAGAGAACCGCUCACUCAAGCUUGACAAGGAAAAUCCAUCCAAGAAUCAGGAAGCGAAGAUGAAUCAACUACUUGCUGAACUGAAAAGUGUACAACUCAAAGGCAAUGAGCUUGAACAAAUGCUUAAGCAGAAGUCUGUGGAGGUCGAUGAGGGAAUGGAAUUGCAGAGUAAGUUGCUCGUAGUGAUUCAGUCGAAAGAUUCUGUCAUUGUGGAUAAGGAAAAACAACUUAAAGAGAAUGAAGAAGGUAGAAAUGUGCUUCUUGCCAAACUGAGUGAUCUUGAAAAAAGAGUUGAUGAACUCCAAGAGGAGCUAGGAGAAAAGAUUGACCUAGUAACCAAGGGAAAUGAGCUUAAAGAAAAUUUAUUCCUGAAGAUUGAGUAUCAGGAUGCUGAGAUAAUGAAUAAAGAAAAUCUUUUGAAGGAUCAGGAAGAAGAGAAAAAACUUAUUCUGGCCAAAUUAAAACUUUUGGAAGAAAACGUUGGUCAACUCCAAAAGGAUCUCCUAACAAAGAACGACGAAGUGGAGGGUUGUGUGAAGGAGAAAAAACUGCUUCUGGUCAAAGUAACUGGUUUAGAGGAGAAAGUUAAUGAGCUACGGGAGGACCUCAGGGGCAGGGUCAGCGACGUGACCAAAAGAAGGGAUUCGGGGGAAAAGUUACAUAAACAGAUUGAAUCAAUGAACUCGAAUUUACUGGCUGAGAGGAAGAAGUACACGGAUCUUACUGUUGCUUACAAAAGGCUGAAAUCUCAGCACAAUUAUCUCCGCACAAAGCAUGGUCUUACUAGGGAGAAUAUGCUCCCCCAAAACAAGUUGGAAGAUGGAAGUGAUUCAUUGAGAAAUGAUCACAAUCCAUCAACUUCCCAUGGUUUUGUAGACCAAAAUCAGCAUGCUUCUGCAGCAGCUGGUUACGUGAAAAAAGUGAAGAAUGAAAUCAGUUGUAACAAUAACUUGGAGAAUGAGAAAGGAGGCAAGCUAACUCAAGAAACUAGUCCUCACUCUCCUACUUCCAUCUUCCCCGUUGCACCAAAAUGCCCUCCCACUGCAAAAUCUGCCCCAGUAGCUGGGAGAAAAAGGCCUGCUGCCUGCUGGAUAGAUACUAGGUCCCGUCAAGGCCAAGGUGGGCCUGACCCGCAUGAUGAUUUUCUUGAUACUCCACUGGAGAACAUCAGAGGAAACUUGAAUAAAGCCACAAUGGAACAAGUUCCUGAUCUUCCAGUUCCAGUUCCAAAUGACAUGAACCUAGAUAGCUCAGAUGAUGAAACACAGGAUGUGAAUGCUGUAAUUAGGCCGCAGAAGCAGCAGAUUCCAGUUCCAGUGGCCGGCAAAAAUGGUUUCAAGUUUGUGGAACCUGUAAGAAAGAAAGCUGAGCGGGAAAAUUUGAAAGGAGUUGAAUGCAAGCAGUGCAAAAAGUUCUAUGAUGCUGUUCUUCCCAAUGAUGGCGGUGGUAAGGACAUUGAUAAAAAUAAGCAUAAUUUCCGCUGUGAGCACCAUGAAGGUGUUUCUCGACAUCGGUAUAGGUAUGCGCCUCCUCUGACCCCGGAAGGAUUUUGGAAUAUUGGAUUUGAAUCUGAAAUGUGAUAUUGAGAAAUUCGUUAUUCAUUGAUUUUUAUUUUAUUUUUUCGGAGAGCAAUAACUUGUAUUGAUAUUUAAUUUCAUAUUUCCAACUCUGUGGGUCUUAAAAGGACUCAAACAGGGAGUAUUACCCAAAAGGUAGAAUAGGAGCCAUGCCAGAAACGAUAGUUCUUGUAUUUGUCAAAUAACUCUUUUU